UGUAAAUUUUCAUUUUUUGUUCACAAACAAAUUCAACUUUUUUAUUUUAUUUUUUGCUCUGCUCAAAUUACCACAUACAAUAAAAGUGCAAAACCCAAUCAUGCCGCUGACCAAAGUGUUCUCUUUCCCUACACCCGACAAGGUGUCCCUUGCUCUGGACCAGUUCCUCACCCAGGCUUCCAGCGAGGCAAUCGCACAGGCCGGCAAAUUCACCAUUGCCUUUUCUGGCGGCUCUCUGCCAACCAGCGUUGCAAAGUACCUCAAGGACAACCAGACCAUUGACUUUUCCAAAUGGUACGUUUUCUGGGCUGACGAGCGCUGCGUCGACUACGACAGCGCCGACUCCAACUACAAGCUGGUGAAGGAGGAGCUCCUCGACAAGCUCAGCAACAAAAUCCCGGCUGCCCAGAUUAUCCCUAUCUCGGAGAGCCUUGUGAAUGACUCCGAGGCUGCUGCCGCGGAUUAUCAGGAGCAGCUGGUGUCGGUGUUUGGUGACCAAAAGACCCCCGUCUUUGACUGCAUCCUCCUGGGCAUUGGUCCUGAUGGCCACACUUGCUCGCUGUUCCCUGGGUUCCCGCAGCUCAAUGAAAAGUCAAAGUGGGUCGUGCAUAUUGAUGACUCGCCCAAGCCGCCCUCGAGCCGGAUCACUUUGACUUACCCUGUUGUGAAUAACGCCAAGAAGGUCGUGUUUGUCGUCACAGGCGCUGGAAAGAGCCAGACCAUUAAGCAGAUUGUCGAUGAUAAGGAUGACAGCAAGCCGGCUACCAGGGUGGCUCUGCCGAAAGGAACUGUUUACUGGUUUGUUGAUGACGCCGCGGCGCAGGAUCUGAGUGUCGUCAAGCCCUCUGAGUUCAAGCUCUAAUUUGUUGAUUAAUAAAUUUCCGAUUUAUAGAUUGAUCAAUACCUUUUUGGAUUUUUUUGUAUAUGGCAAAUUCGAUCCCCAUGUGCAUAAAAUUGGACGCGAGAAAUGUGGAAAAUUGCGC